GCUAGACGAGUGAGGCUCGUGUGCAGACGAUUCUGCGACGUCGCCACCUUAGUUCUCAAUUGCGGGUUCUCGACCUUGGGUCCCAAGAUUGAUCGAGCUAUGGUGGAUGACGUGUCUCGUUUUGAAGAAGUUCGAACAUUGGGAGAACUGCUGGUAACGACUCAUCCUUUCAAUUCAGCUAUGGUGGAUGUCGUGCCCCGUAUAGGACAAGGUCGACCAACUGAACAACAACUGCUAAUGGAUCAAUAUUGCAUUGCGCUGAUGCUUAUGAAGUAUGAGUACCGCGCGGUGAGAGCUGUCACCUGGAGGCACAUUUACAGCCCCUACUCAGGCUCUGGACAUCGGGCGUGCUUCUACGCCGGCAGUGUGCUGGACGAGUUCCUUAGUUUCCUGCUACUGGCCCGCCAUUCGCCAACCCACUUGGGGUUUUUCAUGCUUAACCCUACAACGGGAAACGAAAUCAUGAAACUGAUUAUUCGGUGCUCGAAAUUCAUGAACCACUUCGAGAUAAGAACUUAUAAUUUUAGACGCAAUUAUUUCAUCUGUGAUGCAAAGAUUAAUGACCUUUGCCAUCGCUUGAGGAAGACAUAUUUCUUAGUGAUCCCACAUGAACAGGCGGUGACAGUCAAUGGAACGGAAUGCCACAUCAAGACUCAUUAUAGGAUGCCUUACACGUGGUUCGAUUGCCUGCCUUCAUCUCAUGCUCAACCUAAUCAGUGGAGCGAAGAGCCGAGGUCGAUAUACCUGCGCAUGCGCGAACUAAUCGAUGGCAGGAACCAUUUCUUCCUCGAGAAGAUUCACCACGAAAAAGAACUGCUAAUUCGGAAAGGACCCUAUAUAUUAAUAUUAAAAUACAUUGUACCCUCUGUUUACAACGCGUUUCAUCAGAAAUAUGGCUAUUUAUUUUUUUAUGGAAUCAUGGAUCGGUCUGAAGGCCACUUCAAUUUCGACAUGAAAAAAUCUUCAACCGUUCAGCUUUUCGAUUAUUUUAAUCUGGAAUUCUUUACUUCACAUAACGAAACUAAUUCUUCUGACUGCGUAGUUAAUGUUCCAGAAUCUUCUAACAUAGACCUGAAUAUUGACAUGGAACUUCACUCACCGUUAAGAAUGGCACCAAUAAGAUUUUCUGAUAACUCUCUAGCAUAUAUUUCGACGUCCCGUGUAGACGUUAACGGUUAUCGCCGGAUCAACUUCAGGUGAAUCAUGGAACCAAAUUCCUUUUCAAAAUUUCUAUAAAUUGCUCCCCGUCUCUUGCAAACGGCCGAACUUCUACGUUUCAACAUUUUACAAGCUCUAGCAAAAAUGAUUAAUACACAAGAUGGCUGUCUUCUAGGUUGUUGCAGGUCACACGUGUGAUACUCAACUUUGUCGUUAAUACUUUCGUCUGUUCUUCCAUGCCGGGCCAUCCUUACUGCGGGAACAGCCGCACUAGGUCCCACACAUCGACAAUACGAUGUGUGGA